GCAGCGGCGGCAGCGAGGGGAGGAGGCGGCUGCACCGCGGAUCCCUGAGCGCCGUUUGCUUCAUUCCUUCCCUCCUUCCGUGCAUCGAGAGGCCGCCGCUGCUCUGCCGGCUCCCCAGACGCAGCCUGAAGAUGGCUGCUGCUUCUUCCUGCAAUGUGGAAGAAGACGAGAGCCUGAAAGGAUGUGAACUUUAUGUUCAGAAGCACAACAUCCAGCAGAUCUUGAAAGAGUGCAUUGUAAACCUUUGCAUAGCAAAGCCAGACCGACCCAUGAAAUUCCUCAGAGAACACUUUGAAAAAUUAGAAAAGGAAGAAUGCAAACAAAUACUGGCUCGGCAGAAAUCCAGUUCCCAGUCUGAUUCUCAUGAUGACGAGAUUUCUCCUCCUCCUCCCAACCCGGUGGUGAAGGCCCGGCGCAGGAGAGGGGGGGUCAGCGCGGAGGUCUACACAGAGGAGGAUGCAGUUUCUUACGUUAGAAAGGUUAUUCCAAAGGACUACAAAACUAUGACUGCUCUGGCCAAGGCCAUCUCCAAGAACGUGCUUUUUGCUCAUCUUGAUGACAAUGAACGAAGUGACAUAUUUGAUGCCAUGUUCCCCGUUACACACAUUGCAGGAGAAACAGUCAUACAACAGGGUGACGAAGGAGACAACUUCUAUGUGAUUGACCAAGGCGAGGUGGAUGUUUAUGUCAAUGGAGAAUGGGUCACCAGCAUUGGAGAAGGAGGCAGCUUUGGGGAACUCGCCCUGAUUUAUGGAACACCCAGGGCUGCUACAGUCAAGGCCAAGACAGAUCUCAAACUUUGGGGCAUCGACAGAGACAGCUACAGACGCAUUUUAAUGGGCAGCACACUGAGGAAGCGGAAAAUGUAUGAAGAAUUCCUGAGCAAGGUCUCCAUUCUAGAGUCCCUGGACAAAUGGGAGCGUCUGACAGUGGCUGAUGCACUGGAACCUGUCCAGUUUGAAGAUGGAGAAAAAAUCGUGGUGCAGGGAGAGCCUGGUGAUGACUUUUUCAUUAUUACAGAGGGCACAGCUUCGGUUCUCCAGCGCAGAUCCGAUAAUGAGGAGUAUGUAGAAGUUGGAAGACUUGGUCCAUCAGAUUAUUUCGGUGAGAUAGCCUUGUUGCUCAAUCGGCCCCGGGCUGCUACCGUGGUGGCACGUGGACCCCUGAAGUGUGUAAAGCUAGAUCGUCCCCGCUUUGAACGAGUGCUCGGCCCUUGUUCUGAAAUCCUCAAGAGAAACAUUCAGAGAUACAACAGUUUCAUUUCACUCACGGUCUAAACGCUUCCUUUGGGAAAGCUGCCUUUGUGUGACCUUGUGCACUUAAAUUUGCGCUGUGCAGCACCAUGGCUUUAUGAAGAAAAAAAAAAAAGUGUGCAUUUUAUGUGUAUUUUUCUGUUUAUGUCAUGCACUGGAUGUCAGUUCAAAUCUUAUGUAUCAUUUAAGCAGGAAGACAACUGUUUGGAUAAGACUAGCUUUGGGGAACUGUUUACGGAAGAUUAGGCUUUUGGCUUGCAGGCAAGAUUUUUACCUAUUGCUGGAUCAAAUAGCUAGACCUGCAUUUUUAACUAUUUAAAAUGCGUAAGAAUUUCUAUUUCCUCAUUAUUUUACACCUUACUUUAAAGUUGGUCUUAUUCACCUUUUGUCAACCUCCUUUGAUAAAGUUAUGUCCCUCUGCCUGUCACUUUUAAAAGACUUUUCAAUGAUGGUGGACUGGAGGUUUGUGAAAUCCCACAUGGUAAGUGACACCUGCAUAAUUUAAGAGGGAAGGUUAGAGGAAGGUUUUGAUCAUUCCAGUAUGCCAAGGAGAAGUAAAAUUUGGGAUCAUUCUGUUUGUGGCUUCAAUGCGGGGUCCGUAUUCCUGCUUGUCACAAACCCAUCCAAGUUGGCUUUGUGUUUACUGAGGUUAUACUAAGCCAAAGUCUUCUCCAGAUCAGUCUUCUAGGAGAAGAUUUCAAGGGACAAUAUUUUGUAAGAAUUUUAAUGGAGCCUUAAAGACCUUAAAUUCUUUGUCUCCAGCUUUUUUAAUGAGAGUCCACAUGAGAUCCCUUGAAAGUCAAUGACAACUCUCCACUCAGUUAAGUGUCUUGGAAGCUCCGUAUUUAUUUGCACCACGGUGUCUUCAACCACUUCUCUGACUAUUAUAUGAAAUGCUGAAGAAAUGGUGCCAGAUGCACACCAGAGGCACCAACAGCAGUUUGAUGGGACCGUUUUUGCACAAGGUCCAUUUAAUUCAAUUUAUAUGCCUUUGGGUUUGUAUAUGACCAGAUUUUCUGCAAGCCAAAUAUAUGCUUCAGAAUGAUGUCCCUCUUCCAAGAGGUAAGAAUUGCAACGAGUUCCUGGUGCCUGGGCUCCUCCAUGUGUAUGUGCUGCCCUGUGGAGACAGCAGCUCCUCUUCAUGGAGCUUUUUCCAGGUCCAGGCUCUGCUCCAUAGGGCAGACCUCAAAGAUAGGAUCAUUUUGAUUAUCCUUUGGGGAAGCUUUUCCUUUGAAGGAAAUUUCUCCUUGCUAGCAGUAGCAAAGCCCUGCACCUCGGCUACCCUAAACAGCACUGCCCACUUCUCAUUUCUGGAAAACAGUUUAUUGCUUCUUUAUGAUAGCAUUCUUCUGAGUAAAUAAGAACUUUCUGUACCUUUUACAUGCCAAAAUUAUGUCAUGAAAUAAGGCAGCAAUCUUCUGUUUGAAAAUAGAGGUGUAAAGUUAAGAAUGUAGCUGAAAUUACUCACACUGACAGGUAACGUGCUCUCCUCCUUGGAAUUAACAAAAUCUGACUUGGAACUUUUCUAUUAACCCCUACCAAGAAGGCUCUUGGGUCCCAGUAUCCUAAGACCUGUCCAGGAGGGGCAGUUACAGGACA